CCUUGGAGGCCAGACAGGUUCGCGCGAGCGAGCUGAGCUGGCUUUGUGGAAGGAGUUCGCGAUGCCACUGCGCAGACGACCUCCACCGUUCCGUACAUAUAUGUGAUCGAGCGACUUUUUCUCGCUCAUACUUCUCGAAAGACUGGACCCAGGCAUUAAUAGAUGGAUGACUCCGGACCGCAAGUCAACCCCCGACUGCAGAGGGUGUUGAAAAGCUUCCAAAACACCGCAGUUCGGAGUCUGAGCGGACCGACAGGGUUGCCAGUUGAUCUUUCAAGAGUUAGCCCGUCAGCUUUGGAGGAAUAUCGUAUGCACAGAGCUAUGGAUACAUUGAAUCUUAAAAAGUCUCCCUCGGAGAAAGGUAUUUCCUUCGAUCCUUUUGCUUCGGCUGCUGUUUCGUUGCAAGUGCAACAGUUGCCUGUCUUCACGCCGGUGGAUACUUCAACCAGCGAGCAGUUCGAGACACUUUUGGAAGGUGAGACGAUCGCCUGCUUCGAGGUUGGUGGCGAGAAGAGGCUUUGCCUUCCACAGAUCUUGAACACAGUGCUUCGAGACUUCUCCUUGCAACAGAUCAACGCCGUGUGCGACGAACUGCACAUUUUUUGCACGAGAUGCAACCCCGACCAGUUGGUGACUUUGAAAAUGGCAAAUAUUUUGCCCCACAGAGCAGCCAGUUGUGGUCUGAUUACUAAAACUGAUGCAGAGCGGCUUUGCAGUGCUUUGGUGCACAGCAAUCCCGAAAAAAGCACCGAUCCCCCAACAGCACACUGCAUUCGUGUGUACCACAACUGCUUUGGCAAAGGAGAUGGAUAUUUUAACCCAGAUUUAUAUACUACUCCAGACGCCAAGUGUAUCCACUGUGUUGAAUGUCAAGGGUUGUUUUCUCCAUCCAAAUUCGUGUGUCAUUCUCAUAAAGCACCUGAAAAUCGAACUUGUCACUGGGGGUUUGACUCUGAACGAUGGAGGGAUUAUCUUCUUGUAAAGGAUAAAAAAUAUCAGGAUGCCCUGGAAAAUAUCAAAGCUCGAUAUGAUGCAAAACAUAAGCACAAGCGUAGACAGAGCCCAGAGCGUGAGGGAUGUGAACAGAAAAGAGCGAAGACAGAGGCAGCCCUGGCACAAGAUGUCAUUGCGUGGGGAGAAGCAGCUUCAGUGGUUGGCCGAGACAUCUCAGCUUUCCAUCCAUGGAACCCUAUAGCCAGCAUGAAGAGUGGAAAGAUUUUACACCUUGCAGCAAACAUAAUUAGGGAAAGCGGUGUGCCCACAUAUCUACACACAGGUCCACCCGUCCUAUUGAAUCCUGAACGUGUCAUCCCAUAUUCAGAGUCACAGAGGUAUGAGCGCCAUUUUACACCCAAUGUCUCCCUUGCUCCUUCUGCCAAUAAUAAGGGCAAGGGGGAGGAAGACACAGAGAAGGAGCAAGCAGAAGAGCUCACAGUCAAACCCAAGGUUGUACAAGAGAGAAAGUCUAACCUGCCCAAUCCAAGCACCUUGCAGAUUACAAUGGAUAAUGGGCGAGAGUAUCGUGAAUAUGAUCUUCCCACUGACACAGAUGACUCUAGUGUUGGACAGUCAUCCCCAUUAGAUGCACGAGAGGACAUCAGAUUCAAUGACUCUCCUGUAUUUGAAAGCACACUUGAACAGGAACUGUCUAUGGUUCACCGGGUCUUGGAUGGAAAAAUUCCCAACACAAAAGAAUCUAGGGACAGUUUUCUACAUGAGUACUCUAAGAUGCGUGCACGGCAGGAAGAACAGUUACAUAGUCUUUACAGAGAAAAACAAGUUCUCAAGCGGGAGCUGUCUAUGAUGCAAAGUCAGAACCAGGGUCUGUGCAGAAAACUUCAGGCACUAGAAAAUGAAAUACAAGGUCUUCGUUUGGAUGGAGAGCGGCGAGUGAGACAAGCUCAGGAAGAGCAAGCUGCCCUUGCUCAUCGCCUGGCAGCAAUGCAGUCCUCAGAUGUACAUGAGGCCUUUGAUAGAUCACCUAGGCAAAGUGAUUUGAAAGAGCUUAAAGCCAGACUGCAGCAUUUUGAGAGUCUGUACCAUGACCUUCAGGAAGAGAAUGCUGCUUUGCGAGCUGAGCUUAAGCACAAAGGCAUCGACAUUGUAGAACUGCUGGCCCAAAGGAAGCAGCCUGUCUUAGAGAUGUCAGCCAAGUCGAAUGGAGUGAGCAGUAGUUCUGAAGGAGCAGCUGCAGCAACAAGUGCAACUCCAGGGCAUAGUGUUACUGAAAAACUGAAAGUAAUGGUAGAGAGAGGCAGUAGUGGUGGAGGAGUUUUAUCACCCACCCCAACACGAGCUCCCAAAACAUUACCUCCAAAGAAGGAGCGUGAUCUUAUUGUAGAGUAAAUGGAUAUUUUCUGUCUCAACAGCAGCCACAUUGCCAUCACUGAAGACAGUGAUUGCUGCUUGCACAUACAUGACUUCUUUGUGAUGAAAUCAAGAUUUACAAAUCCAUUCAUUAGCAUGAAUGAUCCCUUCCUUCAGUGUACACCCUGCCCUUUUUUGGCUUUAUUAAGUGUCUAGUGAAGCAGUUGCCCUGCAUGACACGAUUGCUAACCUUCCAGUAUGAUGGAGUAUUCACCCCUAUUAUAAAGACUUUAUAGUAUAAAACCCAUCUCAUUGAAAGCAAUCGAGUAUUAGCUGAGCAGCUAGAACUUUUCAUAAAUGGUGCUGGGCGGUUAAAUACAUAUUUCCUUUGUGUUCUUUAUCUGUGGGAUUAUUAGCUUAAAACAGGCUAGAGUUUGGAAGGGGAACUGUGGGUUUUGCAAAUAGUGUUUGCAAAAUAUUAGCUUAAAUAGUAUACACAUGCUUAAGCCAGGUCUAACACACCUGAGGUAGUUUCAUCAAGGAGGGCAUGAGAACCAGUUUGACAGUUUCAUGUGGUCAACAGAUCAGCAUGUGAGACUUGUUUCUCCUGGCAGAGGAAGUUGGGAUCCAAAUCAUUGUGUGUAUGCUGGUCUCUUUUACACUGCUGGAUUUUUAUGUUUGCACAGACAUGUGUGUGUAUGCAGCCUCCAUUCAGGCUUGUUCACCAGACUUUUUUUUAUGCACAAUUCCUUUAUGUGGCUAUGAACAGGGAACGUUUGAACAAGAGAAAUGUCAGACUUAAGAAAUGCAGCACUCUGGUGUGGCAGCAGGAAUAAAGACUACUCUCAUUAACAAGUCUCCUCUGGAAAAGAAAAAUAAAUCUGCCAAACAGCGGGCAGAAAAGGAUUUGUUCUAUAAACGGACAGAAAGGAAAGAUCAUGUGUUAAGUGCAAACAUAAAAAAAAUUUGUGUGGCAACAUUCAAGUCUUCAUGUUUAUGUCCUGACUGAAAUCAUAUUUUUAUGUCAAAUGCUAAUGUGAAGGUGAAUAUUUUCUCUGCUGGUGCAUGGACUACCAUGCUUGAGGCUUGAGUGUAAACCUAAAUGUUCAUGAGUAGACAAAAAUGAUGGUCUGUGUAAAUAACUUGCAUGUUGUUUGAAAAUUUGUUGUCUAGGUCAGAUGAAUCACAGUGCUUUUCAAAGUUUAAAUAUCUAGCUACAGAGCCUGCUCUGAUAUUUGUGACCACAACAAGUACCUUUGUUGGCCCCUUGGGAAGGGGAAAGGUCAUGGAUAGUCAGAUGUGUUGGAAGAAGAGGAAUGGUUGUUGGAACAGACCAGUGAGAUCCACAAAUGGCAGAAUGGUUAGCUGUCUCUAGUUAUAAAUAUGAAUUUCUUUGUUAGUAUGCUGGGGCCAGUGCCUUUGUGCAUGGCAUGUAAAUUUCUACAGGGGCUUAAAUUUUCCAUGUACAGUAAGUAUACAUCCCAGCUGUAGAGUGAUGAUGAAAUUGAACAGCGAUUUGCUGUGUGGUUGUAAAGAAUAUGAUGAUGUUUACAGAUUGGUGCAUAGAUGUAUAUAGUAUAUGUGCCAUUCUUUUAUGGAAACAGAACACAGCAAACUCAUGUAACUGAAUGUAAAUAAUGAAGACAUUGUGUUUGUGAAAAAAAAGAACAUGGCUGUGAUGUGAUAUUUUCCUUCUUUCUCUCUUUCUCCCCAAAUUUAUUUUGUUUAUUAAUUUUAAUUUAUAUAUAUAUUUUUAAUUUGGCUCAUAGAAGAUAGAAUUGUGUUUUGUUUUUUUUUAACAUUUGUUAAAGUAUCUAGCAUUAUAUUGAACAAUAAAUGGUCAGAGUAAUUAAUUAUUAUUUUACUUACAACGCAAGUAUUGCUUUUCCUCAUUUAGUGACUUAAGCAUUUGUGUUUCUCCCUGCCAUUUACACUUCUGAUAAAAGACUAAACAGUGCUUCAAAGCAAGUAGCUUUCAUAUGGAGCUUUUAAGUUUGUUUACUGUUGAUUUCAGAGUUAUAUUGUUCAACUACAGUUACUUAAGUCAGGACAAGGCAGCUUAGUUUAUGGUGCAAUAAGAAAACAGGUAGUUGUACAGCUGUGUGCUGCAGUUUUUCUUUGUAUGCAGAAGCAACAUGUGUUGGGAAUUUAUCAGUAAGUCAAGUACCAUGACUGUCAGUAAGGACAGCAGUGGGGUCUUGAUCGUGAAAUAAUGACAAAUAAAACUACUGGCAAGUUUUUACUUGAUUUAGUAGUCUUCUUUGAAAAGGUUGGUGAAUUCCUCAGUUUUAUCUGAUGGGUAGGGUCUGUACCUUUGUCUUCAUUUGGUUUGUAUUGUGUUGGUGUUCAAAAGAUAUUCUUGUAGUAUUUAAGAACCUUUAGAUACGAAAAAUACCUAUUCAUGAGUUAUACAGUGGCAUCCUGUUAAUUUAGAGCAUUUACAGAAUAGUGUACAUAUGUAGCUCAUACAAACUAGUUAAGCAACAGUACUAUUUAAAAAAAAACUUUUUUGUCAUCAAAGAGAUUUCAGAUAUGUUUAGCAUUUUCUGGUUCACAGAUCUUUUGUUGCAACCAGUUUUCUUAGUAAAUUUUACUGAUCUUGCUGUCUAAAAGAACUUGAGGUUUGACUCUUGAUGAAGAUUCAGUCUUGGCAAAAUGUAGGUGGCCUUGCUUUAAGAUUUUUACUAAUGCUCAUUUCAAAGACCAUCACCUGGCCUUUAUGCCCAAACUUGAUUUUUUUUAAAAUUUCAAUAUCUAGCUGGGACAUGUUGGGGGAAUGGUAUUAGAAUAGUUAAUGAUACAGUUACAUAAAAACUAUCAAACAUAAACUAUUAAUUGAUAAUACUAUCACUGUGGGUCGGUAUUUGUUUUUGAAAGAUGGAAUGCAAGGCAUCUUUCAUUGCAAGUUACAUUUUGCAACAUGAUGUUUUGUACACAUGUAAAUCUACUAAAUGCUUCAAUAAUACUUUGUUGACUCCAGUACAAACUUUACAUCACCAAAAUUUUAACUCGUAUGCACCAUACACAUCUUUAGAGUACAAAGUAAUGGUUUAAAUGACUGUCUAAAUCAAGUGAAUAAUCUAUCAAGCUUGAAAGGAUUAUUGCUAAAAGAACAUAAGUAGGUUCUCCUUAAGUUAAAUUAUUGGGGCAAAGAGCUGGUUCUCUAUAUAUAAUCCAUUUAUUUUAUGUUACCAUUUGUUAGGUCAGACCAGGUCAUUAGUCACAGCUGAUUUAAUGUAGGAUAGCAAGAGCAUUAAAUGAAAUUAGGACAUUUCCAGGAAAAAAUUACCAAGCAUGUGGAGUGUAUAUGUAUAAAAAUGUGUCUCUUUUGAAGACCCAUUUAAAAUUGUUUUUUUGGUCAUGCAAAUUUUUUAAUCAAAAUUGAAUUAUCAUCCAUAUGUUCUCAAGAAUGGUGAUGGGAUGAAGGCCACUCAGAGCUUGCUUCUUUUGGGCAAACAGGCUGCCUUAAGAAAAAGCAGUCAUGUAAAUUUUAAUUUAUUUUUAAGAUACAUUUGGAAGUAAAACAAGCCUAGUUUAAUUGAGGGAAAAGGGGCAUUUUUUUUUUCAGAAGGUUGCUGAAAAAUAUUUGUUAUCUUAUCUAUGGGUUUUAGUUGGUCUUUGGCUCUUCCUUAUUUUGAUGAAAGCACUUCAUGUGUUUCAGAGGUUUUCUACAUGAGUGUAUGUGGUCUGUGUGUGGAUUUUUCUUUUCCUUCAGCAUCGUUUGAUAAAUUGGUCUCUUUAGAGCUGCUGAGGUGUACUUUGGAUGCAAGGCAAUUGUGAGAGAAAGACUGGUAUUAUGUUAGCCAUCAUUCUGGGGCAUUUGUAGGAUGCGUGAACUUGAAUGUGACAUUUUGUGGCAGUUGCUUACCUUGCUGUAUCAACUGAGCCAGUUACACUAAAAACUUCACAAAGGAUUGUGUAAAUCAUUUAAAAUGAACACAAAUUUGUCUUUAUCUGUAAAAAAAGAAAAAAAAAUUGCAUGUUUGUUGAAUUUGAGAUCCAUUUUCUUAAUCUGUAUUUCACCUUUCUUUUAAAAAAACUGUGAAGAGAAUUUUGUUCCUGAAAUGGGAUGCAGGCCAGAUGUGAAGUUGCCCUCAUAUCUGUUUUAUUCCACACAUUGCAUGUCCAACAUUUGCUAUGAUUCUCUGACCUGGACGACCAUCCACUCUGAUGGGAUGGAAGACAAAUAGAAAGAUAGAUCAGACUUUUGCAAUAUUUGCUUAAUGUUCAGCAGCCCAGUUCCUGCUGGUGAGUUCGUGAUAUUUGUGCUGUGAGGUUGAACUGAAAAUAUGUCAACCUACGAGUAUAUUUGGUCAGCCGCUUAUGACAUGCUUAAUGGCGAGUUGGUUGUGCUCUCCAGCAGCAACAUCCCAGUCUAUAGACAGAUAAAGAAUUAGAUUCAAAAACUGAAUGAUAGUGUUCUAGUCCACCAGACAAAACAAAUGAAGCAUGGCAGAUGUCUGUGGCGAAGGCAGCAGUUGCAAUCAUUUAAGUUUAGCAUAGUGUCAUGCGGUUUCAUGUCUGUUUUAUCAAAAUGUCUUGUGGUCUUGUAGUUUCAUGCAGAAUUUAAACUGGUUUGUUGAUGUAUAGCAUGAUGCGAAGCAUGACCAUGUGAAGGUUGUGUGUCCAUGUUGUUUUGCGGUAUUGAUCCUACUUCUGUGAUCAAGAUCUCUUUGAUAUGAUAUAUAAAAAGGUCUUAAGUGUAGAAUUUUUAACUGUUAAAGACCCUGUACUAUGUGUUGUGGACUGUACAUUUCUGAAACUUCUUACGAUUCUUAAUUUGCAUUAAUAUUUCACACACUACUUGAACUAAGCAGUGUUCUUGUUAUGUAUGUACCCAGCAGUCUUAUAAUUUGUUUCUGUUAAUUUUUCACUGGCAGAAUGAAUAUGUUAUUUAAUCAAAAUAUAUGAUAGAGGCCAGCCAAUUGCUAACAGGCAUAGAGUAAUAGUUUGAUGUUCUGAAAGUUUCUUAAUGGCUGGAAUAUGUGACUGAAUGAAUUUUCAGUAAUAUAUUAUGCGAUGAGGAGCAUCUUUCUAAUUGGAGAGGCAUCAGCAAAAAAAAAUUAAUGACAUAUUUUGCAUUGAGUUGGUGUGAGAUAUUAUCUGUUCCUUUUGGGCAGCAUUACAGUCAUGAAAGAAGUAAGGCAUUAUUAAUUUUUCUCAUUAAAAAUUAUCCCAAAUAAUGUCAUAAUUGGGUGUAAGAGUUAAGUAUUUUUUGGACCCGAAAAAGGGUGGUUGAAAGUCCUUUACUUCUGCAAUAUAGGGCAUUUGUAUCAUUUGCAUCUUGGAUCUUUUUCAUUGCAUUGGUACACAGAAGUCAAAAGCUUUUUUUUUUUUUAAUUCCCCCUUCCCCAAUAUACAUUUUUUCCGUAGUAGUAGAUACAAAUUUUAAGCAGUAUGUACCUUAUUGACUUGUUUUAAUACAGAAACAGUAUGCACUACAAUGGCCUAAGUCAGCAUUUUGCCGGGCACUGGGCAAGGCAUUUCACAUGAAUCAUCAAAGAAAGGCCUACUGUAGUGUGCAAAGCUUAUCUCAGCUGAGCUUUUAAAAUGGCAUGUUGAUCUUCCAGAAGGGAAUAACAAAAAGUUAUUCUUUGAAUGCUGCCUCAGGUACAAGCAUGAAUGUUGUAUGCAUGGUAGAGUGAAUGUGUGUAAGCAUGUGGUCUGCACACAUUAUGUUGGAACCAUCAGGUGCACAUGUGCAUAGUUAUCAGUGAGUAUCCAUGGGAAUCCAUAGACAUCGAUAAUCUAUGCACAUGCUCACAAUGAGAAUAAAGCAAGAGGAUCCAGGGUUAAAAUUAGACUUACAUGCUUCAUUUUUGUGCUGGUGCAAGUGAUGUGCAAAUUGCUUGAUAAGUUGUGUAGUUAUUUCUUCAUAUUCCAUUGUGAAUGAAUUAUUUUGAAAAAAAAAAACUUCUUCUGUGACUGUUGUUGGUAUAGCUAGUGACUGUAAUGUCUACAGAUAAAAUUUGCAUUAAAGAUUAGGUCAAGAUUUUGUGUGGCAGAAAAGAAUGUGGUAGUGCGUUUGCUUGCUAUGGAGCUCCAGCAAGUAGUUUAGGCACAAUUACGAACAGAUUUUUAUCUGGCUGUAAUGUACUAACUGCAAAGAAAGCAUGUAUAUACCUAUUAUUAGACUGUUGUGCUGUUUUAUACUGUGAGCAGUUUCUGCUAUUUAUAGCUCCGUAGCAUUAAGGCCAGAAUCUAAAGUUGUGUGUUGACAUUCACUAUUACAACAUUCUAGCUGUAAAGGUGUUUCAUCCUAUUAAAGAGCUCUUUUCUGUCCCUUUUCAGUGCAGUUGGAGGGGGGUAGAAAAUGGGAGGGGUUGAUAAGAAGAGACUAGUUGACAGAUGUUGAACUUCUGUUCUUUAGUGUUUUAUGUGACCACUAUCACAAUUUUACCAGCAGUUUUAACGACACUAAUCACAUUCAAGUAGGCAUUUCUACAUCCUAGCACUGAUGGAGUGUUCUUAUAUUUCUUGAAAGCAUUUGAAUGUUUUGGACAAAUAUUUCACAUUUCUUUCAUAAGGAUGAAGAUAGGUGGUGGUUGAUUAGAGAUACUAUAUUAAAAAUAACAGAUUACUGAACCAGAGAUACAUUUUGAGCCUUGCUUUUUGCUAAACCAUUUUUUUAGACAUCUGUUUCCCAUCCCUUUUUUUUAAAGAUUGCAAGUUUUUAUUGUAUGAUUGUUGGAGUGCAAGAGAGAGAAUAUAUAAAUGCAUGUGUGCUUUUAUCUCUCCUUCUAAUCACCUGUGCAACACUAUGUCUUUACACAGUAUCAUACAAGAUGGUCUGGGUGUUUUGGUUUGGUGUAGAGGACCAUGGGUCUUCAUUAAGAGUAUUUUAAGUUGGAAACAGGAAGGAUACAUCCAACUAAGUCAAAGGCCUCCAACAUUACUAAAUCAAGUAUUUACAAUUUUACCCCCACAAUCAAAAGCUCAGUGGAUGUUUCAUUCUGACAGUUUGAUUUAGAGCACAGAUAUGUUCACAUUUUAAUUUUCUCUUGGGUUAGGCAAAUAGAGACUUUGAUGUAUGAGUGGGCACUGUAUGCUUGCAUAAGGUGGAAGUUUUAUAGUGUAAGGUUUGGUCACUUCUUGCAUAUAGUACUUUAGUGAUGGUGUUGGCAUUCUUCCAGGUAACUGACUUAUUUUUGGUAGUAUGAUUCUGUUCAGAUGGCACGAGGAUGUGGGAUAAGAACGAUGGCCAGUAAAAAGGAUGAAUCACCUUAAGUGGAAUGAAUGUGCUGAUGCUGAUGGUAGCUGAUUGGGGAUGAGUAGGUGUGAUCAGUUUUUUGACAAGGGAAUCAAAAAAGGUUUUCACAGAAAUGAAAGAUGAUACUGUGCAUAUGCAACAGUGUUAAACACUGAACAGUAAUGGAGUUGUAAUACUGUGUUUACAAACAAUAUGUUUGCAAGCUGAAGUUGCAUUAGUGUUGAGUAAAUUGCGGUGAAUUGAAAGAUGAAGUCUAUGAGAAAGGAGGACUUUGAGAAAGAAUUUCAGCGGUGGAUACCCUCUGAUUAAAGAGAAAGCUAUGACCCGGUGCUGAGAUUUGGCUGAUAACUUUUGAUAUACGAAUGCAUUAAUGUGCCAUCAAUUGAAAGGUGAUAUCUGCAUUUGUUGUCCACAUGGGACGACUCAACUACAGUGUAUUUAUUUAGUAUCAUGUCUCCUUGUCUUUAUUUUAAUAAAUAUUUGUUUUACUGCAGUAAGGUUCACAUUUAUUUCCAUGUAAAUGUAGACUGUUACUUCUGGAGCCAGUACUUGAGAACAUGAGUUCCCUUCCCUCUUUCUUGUUGUUUGAUGCCUGCCUAUAUAUGGAGCAACGAUGGCUUGGUAGGGACAGAAAUUGUUGCUUUUGUUGUUACCCCGUGAAAACAUUCUCUUGCACAUGCAAGGACACAAAGUGCAUGCAACCACAAACACCUGCAUACACAUUGUGAAUCUGGUAACUAGAUGCUUACUUAGCCUCUGAUGCUGUACAAAUAAGAAAUAAAGACAUGGAUGUUUUGUC